AUGAAUGUAGCUGCCCUUAAUGGCCCCGUUCAUAUGAUUCGUUUCUUGGAUGACGAACAAAGUUGGAGUCUGUUCCAGCACAAGGUUUUCGGAGAUCAAGAUUGUCCUCUUGAGCUACAAACUGUGGGGAAAAAGAUUGUAAACGGAUGUGGAGGACUGCCCCUCUCAAUUGUAACUGUGGCAAGGCUUUUAUCUAUGAUUCCUAGAACUCCAAAGUUGUGGCAACAAAUUGAGGUAAAUGAUGGGCAGCUGGGAACAAUAUUAUCUUUAAGUUACAAUCACUUGUCUCAACAUUUGAGAAAGUGUUUCUUGUAUAUGUCAGGCUUCCCUCAGGAUUAUGAGAUCCGUGCCUCUGAACUCAUCAAACUUUGGGUAGCGGAGGACUUUUUUGUACAUCGAAAACGUCAAAUUGAUUCUAAAACUGUAAAAGAGUCAGCAGAAGAGAGCUUGGAAGAUCUGGUAAAGCAAAGUCUAGUUUUAGUCACUCGCCGGAAAAUAGAUGGAAAAAUCAAAAGUUGCAGACUGCAUAAUAUGGUGCGGGACUUUUGUGUGAGACAGGCCGGGCAAGAGAAGUUCCUUCUUUCUGUUAUGGACUACCUCCCUACUCCUAUCUUGAGAAGACAUUUUCUUCCACAAGUCCUCCAAAAUCACCAGCGUAUAAGUGUUAGUUGGCAUGAUCUACAUCUUAGAGACUCUACACAUAGCUCAUUCACCACUUCUAUGAUAUGCAUCCCACAAAGAGGGUAUAGACCCAAAGGCUCUGUAGAGAACUUUACUUCACUUAAGAUCCUUCACGUUUUACGCAAAAACGAUCAUUCAUAUUGGGAACUUGGUCAAGUGUUUGAAUUGACUGAUCUCACUUACCUUGCUUCCAACAUUCCUGAUAGUAUUGUUCCUCCGGCUAUAUCAAAGCUUCAGAAUCUGGAGACCUUAAUUAUUUAUAGAUCUGAGGUUCAUUUACCUGUGGAGAUUUGGAGCCUGAGGCAAUUAAGACAUCUUAUCGCCUUCUCAUUUUGUCCUUUACCCCUUCCCGAAGGAGUAACUCUUUUGCUAGAAAACUUAGAAACGUUUUCUAAGGCAGCAAACUAUGUAUGUAGUGAAAGGAUGGUGAAAGUGAUCCCAAACAUAAAAAAGUUGGGAAUAUGCUACUCUAGAGAUGAGUUUGGCUCAGUCUAUCAUCUUGACAAUCUUAUACAUUUGCUUCAACUUGAGAAGCUGAAAUUGGAGGUGCAUAGUUCUUUUGUGCUAAAUCUUGACAAUCAUGUUUUUCCUCUAUCACUGAAAAAGUUAGAACUGAAUGUCGAGUGGAUUUCUUGGAAAGAUAUGACGAUUGUUGGUCGUUGCCUAAUCUUCAAGUGUUGA